GGAGGAGGACUCCGAUGGAAAAUCAUGCAGCACUUUGAACCCAUGGAGACAUGGCACAUAGGUUCCUCUCAUCUACCAACAGAUUCAGCGCCAGAUUCGCCUUCAUAUUUACUGUGUCACUGUCCUGCACCUAUUUAUGCUAUAGUAUUCUUUUUUGUCGCAGCACAAUCAUGACAAAUCAGGGUUAUGAGGGGAAAAGAUGCCCACCGAGCAAGAGCGCAGGAGGGAAGAAACUUCUUGGACAAUUAGACAAUUGCGCUUCGCUGGAAGUCAGGUCCGCUCUGGAUGAGUCUGCUGCCCGGCGAGGAUCAAGUGAUGUCCGCGACCAAACUAAAACCCCAGCCUCGUCUGGAAGUAACUGGGCUGACUUGAAGUUGAGAAACAUGAGUGUUGUGCAAAAAUAUGGGAAUAAGAAGCUGCCAAAUGCGUUAAUAGUGGGUGUUAAGAAAGGAGGCACCAGGGCGGUGCUGGAGUUCAUCCGGAUACAUCCAGAUGUGCGCGCCCUCGGAACAGAGCCGCACUUUUUCGACAGGAACUAUGACAGAGGGCUUGACUGGUACAGGGGACUAAUGCCACGAACACUAGACAGCCAGAUCACAUUAGAGAAGACUCCAAGCUAUUUUGUCACCAGAGAGGCACCCAGACGCAUCUCCAGCAUGUCUCAUGAGACCAAGCUGAUUGUUGUGGUGCGUAACCCAGUGACAAGAGCAAUCUCCGAUUACACACAGACUCUUUCCAAGAAGCCUGACAUCCCCACGUUCGAGGAGCUGGCCUUUAAGAACAGAAGUGUGGGUCUCGUCGACACUUCCUGGAAUGCCAUUCGGAUCGGGAUGUACAUUCUGCACCUGGAGAACUGGCUGCAGUACUUUCGCCUUUCACAGAUACACUUUGUGAGCGGGGAGCGGCUGAUCACAGAUCCAGCAGGGGAAAUGGGUCGCGUUCAGGACUUUUUAGGACUGAAACGAAUAAUCACAGACAAGCACUUCUACUUCAAUCGAACCAAAGGCUUCCCCUGUCUGAAGAAACCGGAGAGCAGCAGCCAGCCGCGCUGCCUCGGCAAAUCCAAGGGCAGGACUCACGUACAGAUCGAACAGGAGGUCAUAGAGCAGCUGCAGGAGUUUUAUAGGCCAUUUAAUAUAAAAUUCUAUGAAACUGUGGGACAAGACUUCAAGUGGGACUGAGAAUACCAUAGAAACAGAGCUGUUUUUAAAAUGGCCUACCUCUGGAGACAAAUAUAAAUGAGGGUAUCUUUGACAGAAUAUUUAAAUGACAAGUUUACUGAGCUAUGUACAAACUGAAAAAUUAAUAUAGAAUACUAUACAACUCAGACAUUAUAAUAUAAUUAUAUAGUGAAUGGUUUCACAUUAUUUUGGGGUUUGGGUCUAGUCAUUCUGAUAAGUGCCAUUUCUUUAAAAAAUAUAUAUACAAAACCCAAGUUUCUUUACCACAUACAAGACAUGAAAUCAUCAACAGGUAACCAGAAUUAAUUCAUUAACCAAGUCAUUAACCAGCAAUCAUCCCAAUGCCUUCCUGUCCUUUAGCCACACCAGGCCUACAUUAAUGACAUUGCUUGAAUAUUCAUUGCCUAGAUUGCUUAUUUAUUCAUAAUUUCCACUCAAAAUGAACCACAGGCUUUACUGUUCAAAUGAGCAUGAAGUUCCAGCAAAAUGUCAAAUGAAUAAUAAAAUCAGCCUGUCAGUUAUUCUGCAACUAAAUCUAUCACGGUAUUGUUAAUGAAGGGUCAUAGUUACAAGUUUGCUGAAUUAAUGUAAUUGAGAAGAAAAAAUAACCGCUAUAGUAAGACAGAUAACACUGAUUAAGGUUUGUUGAACUCUACUUCAGCUCUUUCUGUGUCAGUAUUUUUGUUGUGAUCAUCAAAAU